UGAAGAAGAUAGUGGGGGGUGGGGGGUCUUCGGAGAAAGUUUGGAGAGCAAAAAAAGAAUCUCAGACACACACUCGAACUCGACAGUCGUGGAUCAGGAUCGUGAGGAAAUGGAGGUGCGGCUUUUAAUAACGGUUCUCUUGGUAGCGUGCUUUCGUAGUUCCGUGGCGGUCACGGGGUCUUGCAGGGCGGCCAAUUUGUGCUGUGUCGGAAGAGACCCUAGCUGUGCUGUGCACAGUCACCUCAUAUCCAGCAACAGUCUCCAUUCCGAUAUCCAGGCCAACGAUCAGGACAGACCAUGCUAUUGCGAUCAUGCCUGUGUCAAAGUGGGGGACUGUUGUCCCGACUAUCAACGAGCAUGUGGAGUGUCGAACUGCGAAGUGUCCGGCUGGGGUCCGUGGUCUGCGUGCAGUGUGGACUGUGGAACCGGGGUCAUGAGCAGGGAACGCCACGUGAUCAGGGAAGCUACAAAUGGUGGCGAAGGAUGUCCGGAGCUCCAUCAGAAGAGAACCUGCCUAGGUAGCCGGUGUGACGGAGCAAAGCAGACGCAUGUCAAGGCCAAUAGAGAAACAGCCAUGAUUCUACCGGCAAGUUACUCAAGCAUACGACACAUAAGUGCGGAACAGGACAUUCGUUCGAAUCUUCGAUUGAAGUACAGGAAAGAUCCAGCAGAAGUGAAUAGCAAACCGUACUGUGUUACGUUUGAGGUAACUAAAGUGAAAAAAAGCUGUGAAGGGAAUGAACUCUACCCAAAAUUCACAAAAGGAGCAAGAGUUUGCGUCGUUUGUGAAACUGCUGCAAUGAGAAAGCAUCUUGGUUACCGUUGUCAAGGACAUGGAGUGGAACACAAGUCAACAAGGUUCACGUAUUUGCCAUUUUCUCAGUGUCACGGACGGUGGAAGAAGUUGGAAACAUCUGAAAAAUGCAACUGCAAUCAAAAUGGGGAUGCAGAUUUUAUAUUUGUAUGAAACUAGCUUUGAUGAAAGUGAUUUUAUUGUGUACUUACUUCUUUGAAUAAUAGUUUUAUAUAC